AUGGAUCCCCUGGGGUCACGCACACCACGCUGGUGUGCAGCAAGGCUCCAACGAGAAAGGUGCGUUGGUGCAACGAGAUGGGCAUCACCAUGGUACAAGGAGCCAGAGAGUUGCAGCAAGGCACCGGCAGAGGAGCAAGCGGGCUGCUUGGUGCAACGAGAUGGGCAUCACCAUGCUACAAGGAGCCAGAGAUUUGCAGCAAGGCACCGGCAGAGGAGCAAGCGGGCUGCCGUAGCAAGGCGUGAGCUCACUGCAGCAAGGCGUGAGCUCACUGCAGCAAGGCGUGAGCUCACUGCAGCAAGGCGUGAGCUCACUGGAGCAACGCGUGAGCUCACUGGAGCAACGCGUGAGCUCACUGGAGCAACGCGUGAGCUCACUGGAGCAACGCGUGAGCUCACUGGAGCAACGCGUGAGCUCACUGCAGCAAGGCGUGACCUCACUGCAGCAACGCGUGAGCUCACUGCAGCAAGGCGUGAGCUCACUGCAGCAAGGCGUGAGCUCACUGCAGCAACGCGUGAGCUCACUGCAGCAACGCGUGAGCUCACUGCAGCAACGCGUGAGCUCACUGCAGCAACGCGUGAGCUCACUGCAGCAAGGCGUGAGCUCACUGCAGCAACGCGUGAGCUCACUGCAGCAAGGCGUGAGCUCACUGCAGCAAGGCGUGAGCUCACUGCAGCAAGGCGUGAGCUCACUGCAGCAAGGCGUGAGCUCACUGCAGCAAGGCGUGAGCUCACUGCAGCAAGGCGUGAGCUCACUGCAGCAAGGCGUGAGCUCAGUGCAGCAAGGCGUGAGCUCAGUGCAGCAAGGCGUGAGCUCAGUGCAGCAAGGCGUGAGCUCACUGCAGCAAGGUGUGAGCUCACUGCAGCAAGGCGUGAGCUCACUGCAGCAAGGCGUGAGCUCACUGCAGCAAGGCGUGAGCUCACUGCAGCAAGGCGUGAGCUCACUGCAGCAAGGCGUGAGCUCACUGCAGCAAGGCGUGAGCUCACUGCAGCAAGGCGUGAGCUCACUGCAGCAAGGCGUGAGCUCACUGCAGCAAGGCGUGAGCUCACUGCAGCAAGGCGUGAGCUCACUGCAGCAAGGCGUGAGCUCACUGCAGCAAGGCGUGAGCUCACUGCAGCAAGGCGUGAGCUCACUGCAGCAAGGCGUGAGCUCACUGCAGCAAGACGUGACCUCACUGCAGCAAGGCUGCGCAGCGCUGAAAGGCCGCCGCAGGAAUUCACCAGCGCACUGCCGCAACAAGCAGCGCACAAGCCACCAGCGCGCGGCACGCUGCAAGGUGCCAGCGCGCUAAUCGCCAGCGCUUUCGGCGCCAGCGCGCUAGGCGCCAGCGCCUUAGGAGCCAGCGCGCUAGGCGCCAGCACGAUAGGCGCCAGCGCGCUAGGCGCCAGCGCGCUAGGCGCCAGCGCGUUAGACGCCAGCGUGCUAGGCGCCAGCGCGCUAGGCGCCAGCGCCUUAGGCGCCAGCGCGUUAGGCGCCAGCGCGCUAGGCGCCAGCGCGCUAGACGCCAGCGCGUUAGGCGCCAGCGCCUUAGGAGCCAGCGCGCUAGGCGCCAGCGCGAUAGGCGCCAGCGCGCUAGGCGCCAGCACGUUAGGCGCCAGCGCGCUAGACACCAGCGCGCUAGGCGCCAGCGCGCUAGGCGCCAGCGCCUUAGGCGCCAGGGCCUUAGGCGCCAGCGCGCUAGGCGCCAGCGCGUUAGACGCCAGCGCGUUAGGCGCCAGCGCGCUAGGCGCCAGCGCAUUAGGCGACCAAAGAGGAGAGCUAUGGGAGUCAACACGCGCUCACGCUCGUGCACCCACCAGAGGCGACGACGGGAAGGGAGGGAGAGGCGACGACGAGGAGGAAGGGAGCGGCUAUGACGGGGCGGGAGGGAGAGGCCAUGGCGGGAUGGGAGGGAGAGGCGACGGCGGUUGGGAGGAGGGAGAGGCGCUGGCGGGAUUGGAGGGAGAGGAUACACUGGGUUUGGAGGAGAGGGGACGGCGGGGUGUUCAGAAAACGGGAUAG